UAAAUCAUAACAAAACCAGAAAAACUAAGCAGACCAGAGACUCGUCCUCAUCCUCCUCGUCAUCCUCCUCAGAGGAAUCCAACAAUAAUAACAAUAACAUGGUGGUCAUCCCAAUCGAGCGGUCUUUCACCGAUGGGCUUCAGGCUCACUGGCCCACGGAAGAGAAGUACGGCAAUCCGGAUGACACGUACUACCGUGUGAAGCUGGCGAUGAUGUGGUUGCAGAAGAUGGGGGCGUAUGAGGAUGGCGUGGAGUACAUUCUCGACAGUCUGCCGGAAGGCUAUGCCCUCUUUGAUCGGCCACGCAUGUCCGCCCCUGAUAUUCGCGAUCGCUUCGUCUAUGGUCAUCCGGGAAACCAGUACUUUCAGUCUGUCAACCAGUUCUUCCCUCACUUCUACCAUCUGAUGACCGGGGGGACGGGACAUUGUGCCUGUAUCCUUUGUGAGAGGCAGGCUAAGCGCCAGCUUGCUGAAAGUGGGCUCUCGCGGCGAGGUCGACCUCGUGGACGUCCGUCCGGAACCCCUUCUGGCACUCCGUCCGGAACACCCUCGCGUCCCUCUGGAAGACCCCCCGGUCGACCCCCCGGAGCGAUGAACAAAUCGACCGGCCGACCCCCCGGAAGACCUUCGGGUCGACGCGGAAGACCCUCUACCAAGCCGUUCGUCCCCACCGAUCACGAAGGCACGCCGGACGUGCACAAGAUCGCGGUGAUGAAGCUCAAGGAGGUGGGCGAGAUGGAUGAGAAGAUCACCGAGCCCCUGAGCAUGGACUGGGUAGCCUCACGUCCCCUCCUGGACGAGUACCUGCAGAUCCUGGACAUGCAGCCGUCUUUCUUGCCUCGCGUGGGCGAGCUCGUGCUCUGGAUCCCGGACUUCGAAGGCCAGCUGGCAUACAACGAAGACACCAAACGCAUGCAGAUCUCCCUGGAGGACGGGAAAUGGGAGCAGCCCGAAUGGCGCGCCGGAGUCGUCGGCCAGGUCCCGGAGGAAACCACCACGUUCCAGGACAUCGCCAUCACGCAGCCGAAGAAGUAUCCCAUCAACUACUCGGGCUUUCGCGUCGAAACCUACCCCGACCCCAACAGCGACGACAAGAGCUACUCCCUGCACUACAAAUACGUGUAUCUCAAAUCGAUCAAGCCAUUCAACGCGUACAACGUGUUCCUGCGAGGCAUGGCGCGCGAGGAACUGCACCCGUCCAUCGAGUACGCGAUGACCGUGAUGGCGUCGUGGAGUCUGUUCGAUAAGUUCCACUUCAAGGGCACUUGGCCGAACGCCGUCAUCUACAGCAAGGGGCUGUUCCUCGGCGCGGAGCUCCUCGUCGUCGGAGACGCCGUGCGCCUGAAGCCCGUCGGCUACGAUCCCACCGCCGCUGUUCCGCUGUCCGUCACGGAGGUGAUGGUGAUCGACGAGGUUCGGUUCGAGCUGCACGACUGCGACGCCGAGCCGCGAUCCGAGCAGCUCGCGGAGAAAUACAAACUACGCAUCCGCGGAAAGGUCUACACGAACGAUCGCCAGCACGCGCAGCUAUCCACCAACAACAUGGAGAUCAAGCCCAUGACGCACGACGAGGUCGUCAACGCUUUCAACUACGUCGGCAUGGGCGGCUACGGCGACUGGUACGCCCUGCACUCCGGAACGCAGAUUGAUAUCUCCCAGGGGUACAUCCUCGGACGGAUCUACGAGCCCGACGCGGCGCGGUUCAUGAUGGGAGGCCUGAAGAUCGGCUACGACGUGCGCGGCGUCGAGAACGGCAGACGAUACUCCCGCCAGGCCGACAACCGCAUGGCCGACGGCCAGCAGUGGUUCUGGGGCGAUGCCCGCACGGUGACUCUCGCGCUGGAGACGCUGAACGGCCAGGAUGUCGGCUACUAUGCGGAGCGGGAUGUGAAGAUGUGGCGGGCCAAUCUUCGUAUCCUGAGCGGCACCGCUACGGCAGCGGAUAUCCGUGACGCGAAGGUCGCGAGUUCGCGUGGUCGUCCGUCGAAGUCGAAGUCCAGCUUUGCGAAGGUCAGCGGGCUCAGUAAGCUCGUUAGCACGGGACUUGGCGAUGACGAUGACGAUGACGAUGACGAUGAAGGCUCUGCGGAUGAUGAGGAGGAGGAGGAGGAGGGGGAAACUAGUCGUCCGGAGGAUGCUGGAGAUGAGGACAGCGGCGAGGUGUCCGAGCAGGAGGAUUUCGUUGCGCGUGUGGACCAGUUGCGUGGCGGAACUGAGGAGUCCGAGGGUGGUGAUUACAAGCCCGGUUAUGAGCCGAAGAGUAAGCGUGCCAGACACGAUGAUUGAUUGAUUGAUUCUGAUGAUGUACUUCUGAUGACGUACUGCUCAUCUCAAGCUUUUCUUCUGACGUGCCUCUUCUCUUAUGCUUUUUCUUUCCUCUGGUGUACUUUUCCAUCCUUCUGGACUUCUCGUCCGAUGUACUUCUCGAUCCGAUGUACUUAACA